AUGGUGGGAAACAGUAAGGACAAAGAGGUACAUAAAAGUCCCUCUGUUAGUACUUUGAAGCUCUUGGGAAAGCGCCUGUUUAAUUCCAGCAGUCAUACGGAUAACUCUUCGUUACUCCUCAGUGCUGAACAAUUGGGCAAUGGAAGAAGUCUAAGGAAAAGGCCAACCUCUCCGUCUAUUGGUGGAAGUGGUAGCGGUGGCAAUUCACCUUCGUCUUCUGCUGGCGCACGGCAGAGAUCUGCUUCUUUACAUAGAAGAAAAAACAAUGCUUCAGUAGGAUUUUCAAAUGGGCCUGUGUCCUCACACAAGUCCUCCGCUGCAUUGCAGGACUUAAUCAAACAUAAUAAUAACCCUUAUUUGAACUCUCCGUCUGAUAUCUUGGGCACAGGUACUGGUAUUUCCUCGGCAAGAGAUAGGGAUAGAAUCGUUUUAGAUAGAGAAAAGGAAAAAGAAAGGGCGAGAAACAAAGAAAGAAAUACCCAUCACGCGGGCUUACCGCAAAGGUCUAAUAGUAUGGCCAGUCACCAUUUUCCCAACGAGAAUAUUGUUUAUAAUCCAUACGGCAUAAGCCCAAACCAUGCUAGGCCAGAUACUGCAUUUGCUGACACUCUGAAUAUGAAUAAGGAGAACGAUUUAAGUUUUUACAUGCAUGAUGGUAACAGCAAGAUACGGAUGUUGCCGCUUCCUAUCGCCAACCCGAACGAUUUUUUGCCCGAAGAUAUGAAACAAUAUAGUGUCCAUUUAACAGAUAAUUUCGUAUUUGAUACGGAUAAUAAGCCUAUCGGUUCGGGCGGGUCUAGUGAAGUUAGAAAAGUUAAAUCAAGUUACAGGCAAAAGGAUGUUUACGCUUUAAAGAAAUUGAAUAUGAUAUAUCACGAGUCGCCUGAGAAAUUUUACAAGAGAUGCUCUAAAGAAUUUAUUAUUGCCAAGCAUUUAAGUCACAAUGUCCACAUCACGAAGACUUUUUACCUUCUAAAAGUUCCCACCACCACAUAUACAACUCGUGGUUGGGGGUUUAUCAUGGAACUAGGUGUCAAGGAUCUUUUCCAGCUGAUGGAAAGAACAGGCUGGAAGAACGUUCCGUUCAACGAAAAAUAUUGUCUUUUUAAACAAGUAGCCCAAGGUAUUAAGUUUUGUCAUGACAAUGGUAUUGCUCACCGUGAUUUGAAGCCUGAAAAUGUUCUGAUUUCCAAAGAAGGUAUAUGUAAGUUGACGGACUUUGGUAUUUCUGAUUGGUACCAUGUGGUACCUCAUGACUACACUAGUCCAGUGAAGACAUGCCAAGGUAUGAUUGGUUCUCCACCAUACACCCCGCCAGAAGUAAUGUACUUCGAUGCCAAGAAGCAUUACCCUGAAAAAUUCCAAAAACCAUACAACCCGUUGGCCAUGGAUUCCUAUGCCCUCGGAAUCAUGUUAAUUACCAUGAUUAACAAUAUCAUCCCUUUCAUCGAUUCCUGUAACACUGAUGCGAGAUUCAGGGAAUUCGAAGUGUCAUAUGACAACUUCAUCAAUCACCAAAACCCUCAUUUCAGGGACAAGGGCUGUCACAAGCCAGGCCCCGGUUCCGAAUACUCUUUAGCAAGAAAUUUCAAAAAUACUGACGCUACGCGUAUCGCAUGGAGAUUAGCUGAUCCUAAUCCUGCGACUAGAUAUACAAUGGAUGAUUUAUUUGAUGAUCCUUUUUUCCAACAAAUUGAAACGUGUGUCGAGCCAAGUGAUGAUGAUUUAGUAAGGGUUCCUGAAUUAAGAAAAAGUACCUCUACCAAUGAUUUUACUGAAAAUUCAUCGGAUACACCCUGUGAUCAGGAAGUCGUUCACACGUCAAAUCCAUUCCUAAAAAAGGAAACUCUCACUUCUAAACCAAGAUCGAUGUUAGAAAUCGCGGAAUCUCCUUCCUUAAAACAAAAAUCCAAGGUAAAAGACAACGCAAAGACUAAAUCACAUGAUCUUGCUGAUGAAGGAGGUCAUGAAAAUAUCAAAUCUAAGCAACAAGAUAACAAUGAAAAUUUGAAGAAAGAUGAAGUCAAGAAUUUGGACAAAAACAAAGCCAUCGAAGACGUCACUACAACUAACGUGGACAGCAUAUUAGAAAAACCUACACCAACCUCCACAAAAGUAGAGAACAACCAAAGCGAAGAUGAUUCUACAAUGAAGGAAUUAAAGUCGAUGCUGAACUCCACACCUACCACACCAACACAUAACGGCCCCACCCCACUCCCUGCAAAAGCUGGUACCCAAUUGGAUAAACGCAUGAGCGACCUAUCGCUGAAAUCCGAAACGCCCGCUUCUCCUAAGAACUAUAGCGCACCCAAUAUAUCGUCGUCAAGCAAUUCACUGAGAAGCCUCGGGAGUCCAAGCGUGUCGUCCUCGAAAAAGAAGAAGGCUAUCCAUCACCACUUGGACAUCACUAACAGUGUUACGAAUAUGUCAUCUGUGAGCGCCUUUAUCUCAAGAUAG